AUGCUGAGACAACAACCUUGAGGCAGAGAGAGAGCCAACUGAGAAUGGCCUGGACUUUUGAAGCCCAACCCUAGUGAUACACCUCCAACAAGGCCACACCUCCUGCAAGGCCACACUUUCUAAUCCUUUCUAAACAGUUCUAUCAACUCCAAAGCAUUCAAACAUGAGCCUAUGAGGUUACUCUCAUUCAAACCACCACACACUGCCUCAGCCCACACUACACUUCACUUUCUUCAAAAGGAGAACCCAGAUGGCAGAUGUUACUAGUAUGGAAAGUGCCCCUGGUCAGAGAAAGGCACUCCUGCCAUUAUCUGCUCUUCACCACUGUGGACAAAGGGCAUGCCACCUAGACGCUGCAGCACCCAGAUCAGGGAAUUAUGGCAGAUGAAAAUGAUAACCUUCCCCAAGAGUGAAGGUUAAUGCCCCAGAUGAGAUCAUCGCGGGCGAGAUUACCAAUUCCUUUACCAAUGCUGAUAAGGCAGUUGAAUGACAGCUCAAGUGAACAGUAAAGAGGGAAACUCCACACUGAUGGUUAGUUGGCCUUUGAAGAAAUGGAGAGCUACAUAGUUGGGCUACAAGCAAGUGAUGGCGGAAGUCACACUGUGCAUUGCAAAACAAUAAUGGGGAAAUUUUGUGCUGAAUAAAAGGAAAAUUCCACUUACAAUAUAGGUCAAGAUUCAAAACACAUAUAUAAGUAGGGAACAAGUGAAGCCUUAGGCCAGGAACAGAUUCCAGGGUAUAGUGUCAUUAUCACAGCAGUGGACAAAGGAAAUCUGUCCCAUUCUUCAAGCGCAAACUUCAUUCUGUAAAUCUCAGACAUCAGUGUCAACACUCAGUUUUCCACCAGGCCUCCUAUAUGGUUCAUAUAACUGAGAACAAUCCCCUUCUAGACCCCCCACGAUGCUAAGAAGUCCUUCAGAUCCUGAUUUGGGGCCUAUCAGUCAUGUAGCCUACUGAAUCUUGGCCAGUGACCUAGAGCUAAAGUCAUUAUUCUAUAUGUUCCAAGUGGACUUUGUACAACCUUAAGUAGCUGUAGUCUUUCAAGCUGACACUGAAGUCCCACAUUCAGGAUUCUCCAGCCUCAAUUUCAAGGUGGGCAUGUGCAUGCUGGUGGGCCAUCUCAGUGACAGCACCCAACAUAGGCUUUCCCCUAUGCUAGUAAAUCUCUUCUACAUAAUACUGCCAACCACAGAGAUCCUGGUUAUCUAAUCAUCAAAGUAGUGUUGAUAGAUACAAACUCUGAAGACAAUGGGAACUCAGCCAUAUGGGAGUCUACAGCAUAGGACUGCUCAUAGAAAAUGUACUGGGCAUACUUUGAGAAACAAGAUAAAGUCCAUCACCACCUCUGACUGUAAUGAAGAUCAGCUACCUCGUUAGGUCUCUGCUACACUACAUGUAAUCUUUGCAGAUAGCUUGCAAGAGGUACUUCUGGGCCUUAGUGAUUAUCCACUCCUCUUUGACCCCUAGGCAAGCUCCGGGUUUAUCUGAUGGCCAUCUUGACCUUGAUCUUUUUGCUCUUUCUCAUUGCCAUUAUUGUAGCUAUUGCCCUAUCUCUGUGACACUUCUAUAGGCUCAACACUGGAGUCUGUUUUGAGUCUGAUCUCUGCUCCAAGGCUCUGUAGGAGGUUUUCCCUUUCCCCAACUGAGACAGGGGAAUUCCACCUUAUUCCUCCAAUAGCUUAACUGUCUAAUGUUCUUUAGAUACUGAGAUUAAUUUCCUCAGUACAAAGCCCAAACAUGUUCUACUACAAGGUCUAUGUGUUGAACCCUUUGGGGCUGAAAGCACCAGUCCAUAAAGACAACCCAAACAUGACCUCGAUUCAAUAAACUUGCAAGCAGUUCCUUAAAAAUCCUUCCCAUGUGUAGUUAGGAGAGAACUCAUUAACCGAGGGAUGAAAUACUGCAGACUAAGUACUACUUGACUCUGUUGUGUUUUAUUAAUUUUUCUUGGCAUGGUGCAUGCCCUUUGUAUUUGUGUUGUAAUUGCUGUUCUGUAGAAACUCUCCUGAUGGCCUCAGGUUUUUGUUAAUUCUAACUCAAUACAACCGAAAACAUCUCGAUGAAGUCAUAUGCCACACUGUUAUUAUCAUACAUUAUCUACCUCCUUUAUAGUGCUUAGGUUUCUGACACCUAAACAAGGUUAUAGUCCUGCCUUGGUGACUAUUCUAUGUAAAGACACCACGACUAUAUCAGCACUUAUGAAGAAAAGCAUUUAGUUGGGGCUUGCUUACAAUUUUAGAGGUUUAAUCUGUUGUCCUAAUGGCAGGGAACAUGGUGGCACACAGACAUGAUACUAAAGUUGUAGCUGAGGAGUCUACCUCUGGAUCCACAGGCAACAAGAAGAGACAGGCUCUGAGACUGGCUUGGGGUUUUGAAACUCCAAAGCCCAUGCCUAGUGGCAUACUUCCUUCUACCUCACUACACCCACUACAAUAAUGCCACACCUCUUAAGCCUUCCAAAUAGUUCUACUCCCUAAGAAAUCAAAUGUAUGAACCUAUAGUGGGCCAUUCUUAUUCACACCACCACAAUGCCUAAACCCAGACAUCACUUCCUGAAUUUAACACAACUCCAUAAAAUUAGGUGAUCCACUUACCUUGAGUAAAAUCACAAAUAUCCCAUGCACAACACAAUAAAUAAAUGUAUUAAAAUGUCUUAUGCAGCAUGGAAGACAAAUGCAAUAAUACAUCCUGUUUUGCAACCCAGAAGGCAUUGCUCAGUAUGAGUUUUGAUACACACCAAAAGGAAGGUGGCACACAAAGCAACUCAGGGGGAUGAUGGGACGAGGACAUGGAUGGCGAGGCUUGUCUGGAGCAUAAGGUCUGAGUGGAAGAUAUCUGUGAAUAGAUGUUUGUUUCAACGCAGCACUGGCAUGUCCUACAUGCAGAUUAGUAUUCUGAGAGCAAUAGGAAUGGGUAUGGUCUGGAUUUGUUCAUAAUAGAUGUGGAGUGUCAGCACAUGAGAGGCGGAUCUGCCUUAAAAGGCGAGUUGUUUGAAGAAGUUGUCAGAAAUCCUCUGGUGGAGAAUAUUUUAGUGGGGGUGAUGAUGUGUCUUUGACUCAAGGAAAGAGAAAAGAAUUAUGAACGGAUAACACAACUGGAUUAAUCAUCUUUCUUUGAGGAAGGGCUAUUUUCAGAAAUCUUAAAUUUGGCUUAGCUUGAUGGACAGUGAAGGAAUCACACAUGGAAUUCCUUAGAUAAAAGUGGAUUGACGUUACAAUAAAAAGUUGUACGCACCCUAGACAUUUCCACUUCCUUUAACAUUUUUUAAAAGCAUACACAAAUGUAGCUGAUGUUACAAUAAUUCUGUAAAUGUUAAUAGGAACCGAUAAUGACAUGUAAAAAUGGCAAUUCUUCUGCUUACUUACACUGGAGUAGAUUCAUUCAGAAUGUGUUUGUGACUAUCAGUGACAUUACUGAAAAUGGGCAAAUGCAGGUGAGGAUUCAAGAGUUCCUCAGAAAAAUGUGAUACCAUUCCUGUUAUGCAGGAUUGAAAAAGAUAUUUCCACAAAAAUGAGUGAGAAUUCUUCAGGGAACACCUAAGGCCAUUUGAAAUUGGACAUAGUAUUCUUGUUUCAGUUCAUCUCUGAAAUAUAAAUGUCAUAAUUGCAAAUUUAACAGAAAAAAAAAUCCUCUACCAGUUUCACAAAACGAGUGCAGUAUGAAAUUAAGACUCUAAGUGUCGCUGUUCCCUAACCCGAGCAAGAAAAUCAAUGGGAACAAGGUUGUGUCAUGGUAAAAUAUCAAACCUAUGCAAAAAAAAAAAAAUCCUAUUCUGAACUGGCUCUCAACUGGUCUGUGUUCGUUUAAGGACCUUGACCUCUAAUUCUGUGGAUUACCAAGUGGGCUGGGGCUGUUCUUCCCACCAGCAAUCGCUGGGAAGUAUUUAACAAGCCAGUCAUGGCGGCUCUGCAGAGGCGCCCGCCCUGCUGCAAGUUGCUCCUGCUUCUCAAUCUCCUGUGGUGGUUGUGGGGCUCAGAAGCUGGGCAGCUCCGCUACUCUAUUCCCGAGGAAGUGGAGAAAGGCUCCUUCGUGGGCAGCAUCGCUAAAGACCUGGGGCUGCAGCCCCGCGAGCUGGCAGAGCGCGGGAUUCGCAUCAUCUCCAGAGGUAGGUCGCAGCUUUUCUCCCUAAACCAGCGAAGCGGCAGCUUGGUCACCGCGGGCAGGAUAGACCGGGAGGAGCUGUGCGCCCAGAGCGCGUCCUGUCUUGUGAGCUUUAACAUCCUUAUAGAAGAUAAAUUAAAUCUUUAUCCUGUGGAAGUAGAAAUAGUGGACAUUAAUGACAAUGCACCCAGAUUCUUAAAGGAAGAAAUGGAAUUGAAGAUUCUUGAAAAUGCAGCUCUAUCCUCUCAUUUUCUACUAAUGGGUGUCUAUGACCCCGAUGUGGGAGUGAACUCCAUUCAGGGCUUCAAGCUCAGCGGUAGUAGUCACUUCUCAGUACAUGUGCAAAGCCAAGACAAUGGGCCCAAAUACCCGGAGCUGGUGUUGGAGCACAGCCUGGACAGGGAAGAGGAAGCAGUUCACCACUUGGUCCUUGUUGCCAUGGAUGGUGGUGACCCUGUCCGAACAGGCAUGGCGCGAAUUCUAGUAACUGUCAUAGAUGUGAACGACAAUGCUCCAGUAUUUACUCAGCCUAUCUAUCGUGUGAGUGUCCCUGAAAACCUGCCUGUGGGUACACGCGUGUUAACAGUUAACGCCACCGAUCAGGAUGAAGGAGUCCAUGCAGAAAUAACAUAUUCCUUUGUGAGGAUCACAGAAGAAAUCUCGCGGAUUUUCUGCUUAGAUCCUUUAACUGGGGAAAUUUCCACUUCCGAAACUCUAGACUAUGAGGAUUCAAGAUUUUAUGAGCUGGAUGUUGAAGCCCGAGAUCAAUCAGAUCUUCAAGACCGAGCAAAAGUUUUAAUAACCAUCUUGGACAUGAACGACAAUGCACCGGAAGUGGUUGUUACAUCUGGUAGCAGAGCAAUUGCUGAAAACGCACCUCCGGGGACCGUAAUUGCUCUUUUUCAAGUCUAUGAUAAAGACUCUGAACGGAAUGGCCUGGUAAUAUGCUCCAUCUCAGAAAGUCUCCCAUUUAAAUUGGAAGAAUCAUUAGACAAUUAUUUUCGGUUAGUGACAAAUAUGGAACUAGAUCGGGAACAGGUAUCUUCUUAUAACAUCACUGUGACAGCCACUGACAGAGGAACACCACCUCUGUCAACAAAGAUAUUUAUUUCCUUAGAUGUGGCAGACAUUAAUGACAACCCACCUGUUUUUUCCCGUUCAUCCUACUCUGUCUAUGUCUCUGAGAAUAACCCUAAGGGCGUCUCCAUCUUCUCUUUGAAUGCAGUGGACCCUGACAGUGAAGAAAAUGCAGAAAUUAUUUACUCUCUGGCCAAAGAGACCCUUCAGGGAACACCUCUAUUCUCCUUCCUCUCCAUCAACUCCAUCACUGGUGUCCUGUAUGCACUGUGUUCCUUUGACUAUGAGCAGUUUAGAGAACUGAAUCUACUGGUGACAGCCAGUGACAGAGGGAAACCCCCACUUAGCAGCAAUGUGUCACUUAACCUGUUUGUGCUGGACCAGAAUGACAAUGUACCUGAGAUCCUGUACCCUGUUCUCCCCACCGAUGGUUCUACUGGUGUGGAGCUGGCUCCCCGCUCUGCAGAGCCUGGAUAUCUAGUGACCAAAGUGGUGGCAGUGGACAAAGACUCAGGUCAGAAUGCCUGGCUGUCCUACCGCCUAAUCAAGGCCAGCGAGCCAGGGCUCUUCUCAGUGGGACUACACACAGGUGAGGUCCGCACAGCAAGGGUCCUGCUGGACAGAGAUGCUCUCAAGCAGAGCCUGGUGGUGGCUGUGCAGGACCAUGGCCAGCCGCCUCUCUCAUCUACUGUUACGCUUACUGUGGCUGUGGCCAGCAGCAUUCCUGACAUCCUGGCUGACUUGGGCAGCCUUGACCUUCCACACAAGUCUGAGGAUUCAAGCCUUACAAUCUACCUGGUGGUGGCGGUGGUCACUGUUUCGUGCAUCUUCUUUGCUUUUGUCACGGGGCUGCUGGUGCUCAGGCUGUGGCACUGGCACAAGUCAAGAUUGCUGAAAGCCACAAGGAAAGGUGUGUCAAAUAUGUCCACUUCACAUUUCGUGGGUAUUGACGGGGUGCAGGCUUUUCUACAGACCUAUUCCCAUGAGGUUUCCCUCACAGCAGACUCAAGGAAGAGCCAUCUGAUCUUCCCCCAGCCCAACUAUGCCCACACACUCAUCAGUCAGGAAGGCUGUGAGAAAAAUGAGCCUUUAUUGAUACAGGAAGACUCGGCUUUUUGCAAAGAGGAAGACUCUCUUGAUCAGCAAGCCCCGCCCAACACUGACUGGCGUUUCUCUCAAGCCCAGAGACCCGGCACGAGCGGAUCCCAAAAUGGUGAUGAAACUGGCACCUGGCCCAACAACCAGUUUGAUACCGAGAUGCUGCAAGCCAUGAUCUUGGCCUCUGCCAGUGAAGCCGCUGAUGGGAGCUCUACCCUGGGAGGGGGCGCUGGCACCAUGGGUCUGAGCGCUCGAUACGGACCCCAGUUUACCCUGCAGCACGUGCCUGACUACCGCCAGAACGUGUACAUCCCUGGCAGCAAUGCCACGCUGACCAAUGCCGCUGGCAAACGAGAUGGCAAGGCUCCAGCAGGUGGUAAUGGCAACAAGAAGAAAUCGGGCAAGAAAGAGAAGAAGUAAUAUGGAGGCCAGGCCUUGAACCACAAGGCAGCCUCCCUCCCCAGCCAGUCCAGCUCGUCCUUACUUGUACCCAGGCCUCAGAAUUUCAGGGCUCACCCCAGGAUACUGGUAGGAGCCAGGGCCAUGCUCCCCGUUGGGAAACAGAAACAAGUGCCCAAGCCAACACCCCCUCUCUAUACCCUAGGGAGUUGAAUAUGCAAAGAGAGUUCUGCUGGAACCCCCCUAUCCAAUCAGUGAUUGUACCCACAUGGGUAGCAGGGUUUGUGUGUGUGGACAUACACACACACACACACACACACACAAAAACCAUGCCACUCUCCCUUAGUUACAGCUGAACUCCUCCAUCUUCCAACCCAGGCAGGCUCAUCCAUCUCCUGCCUCCCUCUCCCCACCCCACCCACUCCUACAGUCCCUCUUUUUGAGCAAGGUAGCUGGGCUGUUGGGGUGACCGGUGAGCUAAGACGGCUCCUAGUUUUGAACGGUAGGGAGAGUAUUACAAUCUUUUGGCCUCUCCUUCAGUUCAGCUUUCCCCCAAAGCAUGGUUUGGUACCAGUCUUCUCAUUUCCUUCCAGAGCCUGAGACCAAUGCUUAAGUUUUGGGGGAACAGGCACCCUCCCUCUGGUACUGAAGAUGCUUGCUGGAUUUUGGGAAGGCAUUUUGCUACUAAGCCUCUUUUCAAUGCCUGGGGACUACUAGUCUUUUGUUUUUCAUUGUUUGAUGUUCCCACUGCAUGCUGUGACUUCCCUACACCUCAAAGAAGAGACUCCUUUGCAUGUCUGGAGACAGUAGGGGGUGGUAAACUAAAGGGAAGUUGAGAGUGUAUACUGCUGGGAGUGGGGCAGUGGACAAAACAGCCUGUUAAUAGGGUCUUGCAAGGGGCUCUGUAUGUACCCAGGGGACUGGCUCAAUCCUCACAUUCUAGCCAUAGAUAAACACCAGGCCAGACCCCUCCAUUCUGGUUCAGCCUGGGCAUCUUGGGCUGAGCCACCAGGACCAAUGGAUUUAAGCUGACAUUUCAGUCCAAGAGGACGACUUCUAAAUGAGUUUAAGACCAGAGAGGAAAGAGGGGCCUCUGUGGGUGCUGGGUACUCCAGAGGUGCCCUUGAUGGGAGGACCAGUGGUCUUAGCAGGAAGGGAGGCCCAGCAAGGUCAUUCUUGGACCCUGGGUCUAGUCCAGUAGCUAGAAAAAGGGACCAAGUGGCCAUAAAGUUCCAGCCAAUGAUGGGGCUUUUCCACUGGGCCCCUGUAGACCUCAAGCCCCUGGCCUCCACCUUACCAGGUGCCAUUUCUUCUCAGAAGGCCACUGCCCAGGCCCCCAGGCCGCCCCCUAGUGGCCAGAGAACGGUUAAAGCCCCCCAGUGCCUCCUUGUGCAUAGAAUUCCUCUGCCCUAGCCCUUACAGUAGUGUAGAAGACCCCCCCUCCCCUACUGGUGUAGAAUAGCCAAUAGUAUAGUGUGGUGUGCUUUUACGUGAUGGCGAGUGGGCAGCGGGCGGUGGGCUGUACACAGCCGUCUGUCCUUUGAAUCUCAAUCUGCCUGCGCGGCCCGUGCUGUGUUUUGUGCUGUGUCCACACGCUGCGGCGACCCCUCCCUGUACUGACUUCUCUAUAAAAAGCUUCUCUUCGCAUAGUCACGUAGCUCCUGCCCAUCCCCCUUCCGAUAUCUCUCGCAAGUUUUAUACUCUAAUAUUUAUAUGGCUUUUUUCUUCGAAAAUUAAAAAUAAAAAAUGGUUUCUUCUGAAAG